AUAUGUUUAUAAUGUGAUUAGUCAGAUUUCCUGACAUUUAACUCUUAGCAUAUUUAUAAUUACAAAAUGAGUAGCGUCUUUUUUCUCAAAAGCAUGUUUGAAGCCAUUCUCUAAACCACCCCGACCCCUCUUGGUAAAUGGGUGUCAUUGCAGCAUCCUCUGUUCAGUCGCUGUAAUACCUAAAUGUGGCCACGGGGAGGCAGGCGACGUCGACUGGUGGUCUGCAAGCAAAGAUGGCGGUGCGGAAGAAAGACGGCGGCCCAAAUGUAAAAUAUUUCGAAGCAUCUGAUACCGUCUCUCAGUUUGAUAAUGUCCGCGUUUGGCUGGGAAAGAAUUACAAAAAGUACAUCCAGGCUGAGCCCCCUACCAACAAGUCCCUGUCCAGCCUGGUGGUCCAACUGCUCCAGUUCCAGGAGGAGGUGUUUGGCCGACAUGUCAGCAACCCCCCACUCACCAAACUGCCUAUGAAAUGUUUUCUAGACUUCAAGACAGGGGGCGCUCUCUGCCACAUACUGGCUGCUGCCUACAAGUUCAAAAGCGACCAAGGAUGGCGCAGGUUUGACUUCCAGAACCCUUCAAGAAUGGACAGAAACGUAGAGAUGUUCAUGACUAUUGAGAAGUCAUUGGUGCAGAACAACUGCCUCACCAGACCCGUCAUCUACCUGAGCUCUGACAUCGAACCAAAACUGCUUGGAAAACUCAAAGACAUCAUCAAAAGACAUCAGGGCUCAGUGACUGAAGACAAGGCUUCCAGUUCUCAUGUUGUGGUGCCCAUUCCUGCCAGUCUGGAGGAAGAGGAGUGGGUGCGUCCUGUGAUGAAGAGAGAUAAACAAGUGCUGCUUCACUGGGGUUAUUUUCCUGACAGUUACGAUACCUGGAUCCCAGCUAGUGAGAUAGAAGCUGCUGUGGAGGAUGCUCCCAGCCAGGAAAAGCCAAGGAAGGUCCAUGCCAAGUGGAUUUUAGACCUGGAUCAGUACAAUGAGUGGAUGAACGAGGAGGACUACGAGGUCGGUGAGGGCUGCCCUAAGAGGAAGAGGAUCUCUGCCAAGACCCUGACAGAUGAGGUGACCACUCCUGAUGAGAGGCGAGACAAGAAGCCAGGCAGUGCCAAGAAGAGAAAGCGUUCGCCGUCGCCUUCACCCACUCCUCCGCCUCAGGAGAGCAAGAAGAAAAACACCAAAAAAGGACCAACAACACCGUACACUAAAUCCAAACGUGGUCAGAGGGAGGAGGAACAAGAAGACCUCAGUAAAGACCUGGAUGAAGCCUCCCCUGUUCCAGCAUCAGAAGAGGCAAACCCAGCCAAGACAAAUAACACUAAGAAAGACUCGGACUCAACUCCAGUUAAAGGUGGAACAGACCUGGAUGAGCAGGAAGAUGAGUCAAUGGAAACAACAGGGAAGGAAGAGGAGGAAGGCUCUCCGAGUGUGAAGGGUGAACCAGUGAAAGGCACAGACCUUCAUGAGGACAACGUCACUGAACAGACUCACCACAUCAUCAUACCCAGCUACGCUGCAUGGUUUGACUACAACAGUGUUCACGCCAUUGAGCGCAGAGCUCUGCCAGAGUUUUUUAACGGGAAGAACAAAUCCAAAACGCCUGAGAUUUAUUUAGCGUACAGGAACUUCAUGAUUGACACCUACAGACUGAACCCUCAGGAGUACCUCACCUCCACCGCCUGCCGCAGGAACUUAGCAGGAGAUGUUUGUGCAAUCAUGAGGGUCCACGCUUUCCUGGAGCAGUGGGGUUUGAUCAACUACCAGGUGGACUCUGAGAGCCGGCCCACGCCCAUGGGUCCUCCACCCACCUCUCACUUCCAUGUCUUGGCAGACACUCCGUCCAGUCUGGUGCCCCUGCAGCCCAAGGCCUCCCAGACUCCGUCCACCCAGCAGCUGAUGUCCUUCCCUGAUAAAGUGAAGGACAAACCUGCAGAUCUGCAGAAUUUUGGAUUAAGAACUGACAUGUACAGCAAGAAGACUGUGAAGAGCAAGAGUGUGGCCAGUUCAAUGAGGGAGUGGACGGAGCAGGAAACACUGCUGUUGCUGGAGGGCCUGGAGAUGUACAAGGACGACUGGAACAAGGUGUCGGAACACGUUGGCAGCCGCACACAGGACGAGUGUAUCCUUCACUUCCUGCGACUGCCCAUCGAGGAUCCCUACAUAGAAGACAGCCCCUCCACCCUGGGUCCACUGGCCUUCCAGCCCGUACCUUUCAGCCAGGCCGGGAACCCUGUCAUGAGCACAGUGGCCUUCCUCGCCUCCGUGGUCGAUCCACGCGUCGCCUCCGCUGCAGCUAAAUCUGCUCUGGAGGAGUUUUCUCGCAUGAAAGAGGAAGUUCCUGCAGCGCUGGUCGAGGCUCAUGUACGACGUGUGGAGGAGGCAGCGAGGUCCAGCGGACGACAGGACCCUCUGUACGGCCUGGAGGGGAGUGGCAUCGCAGGCACUGGCCUGGAGGAAGGAGAAAGACCGAAAGAAAGUACUGAUGACAGCAAGAAUGACAACCAAGCAACUGAAGAAAAGAAGGAGGCCAAGGACAACAAAGAAGCGGUGACUGAGGAAGAGGAAAAACAGACAGAGAACGGAAAGAAGGAGGAGGAGAGAGCCAGAGAGCCUGAAGGAGAGAGGGAGGCAGACAAGACGGAGUCAGAGAUGGGUGACGGUGAGAAGGACAAGGAGGGGAAAGAGGGGACAGAGGAAGGACAGAAAGAAGGAGACAGUGAAGGAGAAAGAAAAGCCAAGAUAGAGCGUGACGUCGGAGAGGGGAACCUGGCGACUGCUGCUGCAUCUGCUCUUGCUGCUGCUGCCGUCAAAGCAAAGCACCUUGCUGCGGUGGAAGAGAGGAAGAUCAAAUCUCUGGUGGCUCUGCUGGUGGAAACACAAAUGAAGAAGCUGGAGAUUAAACUGCGACAUUUUGAAGAACUAGAAACCAUCAUGGACAGAGAGAGGGAGGCUCUGGAGUAUCAGCGGCAGCAGCUGCUGGCCGACCGUCAGUCCUUCCACAUGGAGCAGCUCAAAUACGCUGAGAUGAGGGCUCGACAGCAGCACUUCCAGCAGAUCCAGCACCAGCAGCACAGCCAGGCCGGCGGAACCCACUCCACCCCGGCGUCUUCAGGCCCGCCGCAGCAGGGCGUGACAGCAGCUCAGCAAGCCCCCAGCACACCAGCACCGCCGCCGGCUGCCAGCCCUGCACCCGUGGCCUCAUCUGCCCCGGCUCCUGAGCCCCAAACACCUCAGAGUGCUCACACGUCUCCUCCUCGCCCUCAGAGCCAGGCUCCAGCUCCUCACUCCAGCUCAAGCACUACACCUGUACAUCACGAGCCCAGCGCCACCCACACCACAGAAACACUCCACCCUGCAGCUCCAGUCCCGGUCCCUCCACAGUGAGAACCCAAUUGACUCUGACCACUCUGUUUCAUCUAAAACGAAGAAGUGAAGUCGUGAAACCCGGAGGUUUUAUCCCAACAGAACAAUCCAUGUGAGAAGGAGAGGCGUAAAUCAAAUAACCUGUACUUUGACUGAAAAAAAAAAACACAAAACUGUUCUUUAGUGAUUGAAUUGAAUGGGCCAAUGAAGAAAAAGGAAAUCCUACAGAAGCUGUCUGUCCUGUGACGACGGAGCGGACAGAACAUUUCACUUCAUUAUUUUAAGCUGCACACCAGUGACCUGCUCGACCAAGAGCCGACCUUCACGCUGGUGCUCAAGGAGAAGAACACACUCGUCUGUCGGUGUUGUCAGUGUUGUAGACGUUUCAUGAAGUCCGAUGUUUUUUAUACUCUCUCCAGAGUUUCCCCAAUCCUCCUUUUACUGUAGGUACUAAUUAAAAUGCACUUUUAAUGUUUCCCCAGGUCUCGAAAGACUUAAAGCUUCCAGAUAAUUGAACUUGAGCACUUAUAUUAUCCUUCUGUUGUCUUAAAUGCUUUUACUAACCGAAGGUGUGAAACAAAUGAUUGGGAGUAUCACUCAGUCCUCUCCAUUGUUGAUUUACAUGGUACAUGAACGUGGUGAUGGUCACGUGUCUAAAAAGAGUCUCGGUAAAGGGUGAAAAAAAAAAAAAAAGUUCAAACCAGAACCAAGCUUGAAAUGAACUGAAGACUGUUUGAAUGUGCUUCAAAAAAUACGUACUGUAAACUGGAUCCUCCUGUUACGACCAAACCUAUGGUUCCCUGACUAACACGCGUACUGGCAGUUUUAUGUCUUUAAAAAAAAAGACCUCGUUGGUUGACUUGAUGAUACUCUGUUGUUCAGCACUUAUCAAUGUGUCACUUUGGCACCGCAGUGUUACAAAUCUAAAUGAAUCCAGACUGUAUUUCUGUGUGAAUGUAGUUUUGUUUCAGAAGAAAUGACUGAAGUGGACGUACUGGGAGAGGAGAGAAGAAGAAGAAGAAAAAAACAGUUAAACCUGCAACCAUUUUUAUGUUUAUGAAAAAAAGAAUUUGACUUUGUUUUGACUUUGUUUUAAUGGCUUAACCAAAAUGUUUUAUAUUCACAUUUACUCCAUUUGUUUUAUAGUGG